AUGCAUGCUGGCAGGCGGAGCCCAGUAUGUUGGAUCUUCCGGUGUACCAGCUUUGGCUGUAGCAUUCCAUUAGCACCCCAUCGAAGCCGCUCCCUCAGUGCCGAACGGAUGGCGCCCAGGACGAGCCCAGUUUCCUACGACAGGGCCCGCAAGGCUUACAGCUCCCUCCAGAAGCAGCGCUUGAAAGCUGACUGCAAGGACUAUCUGCCGGAUGUCUUGAGUGGCAGACCCAAAGCUGUGAAGAAGGAGGCUUUGGCAGCUUCUCCAAAGGACGCUGAGGUCAUCAAACGAUUGUUUCCUCAAACCUACGAUACCCCACUGGUCGAGUUCGAAACUGGAGCGGCACAGGAGCACGGAGAGGCACCUGUCAAAGUUGGAGUUGUGCUCUCGGGUGGCCAGGCGCCAGGUGGACACAAUGUGAUUGCUGGCAUUUUCGACGGCAUCAAGUCAUGGCACAAGGACUCUACUAUGAUCGGCUUUCUUGACGGACCACAUGGUAUCUUCACGGGCAAUUUCGUGGAGAUCACGGAUGAGAUCAUGGAUGGAUUCCGCAAUACCGGCGGAUUUGACAUGCUUGGCAGCGGCCGCCACAAGAUCGAGUCCGAGGAGCAGUUCAAAGACUCGAUGACAGUCUGCAGCGCCAUCGGCCUCGAUGGGUUGGUCGUGAUUGGAGGGGAUGAUUCGAACACGAACGGUGCAGUGUUGGCUGAGUAUUUCAAGGCGAAUGGUUGCAAGACGAAGGUCGUCGGUGCUCCCAAGACCAUCGAUGGCGACUUGAAGUGCCCACCACACCUCCCCGUCUCAUUCGGCUUCGAUACGGCUUGCAAGACCUACGCCACCCUGGUAGGCAAUGUGGCCGUGGAUGCAUUGAGUGCUCAGAAGUACUACCACUUGGUCCGCUUGAUGGGUCGUUCUGCGUCCAACAUCGCCCUGGAGGUGGCUUUGUUGACGCGACCAAACAUGUGCCUGCUGGGAGAGGAGGUGGCCGAGGGCAAGAAGAGCCUGAAAGACAUCACCAUGGACAUGGCAGACAUGAUUGAGGCGAGAAGCAGGGAUGGCAAGGACUACGGCGUCAUCAUUUUGCCAGAGGGUCUGAUUGAGUUCAUCCCGGAGUUCAAUGCCUUGAUCUCGGAGAUCAACGACAAGCUGGCCCAGCCAGGGGUGGAAGCCACGGAAGAGGGUGUGUUGGCCGUCCUGUCCAAGGAGAAUGCAGACUGCUUCAGGUACCUGCCAAGCUUCAUUCGUGCACAGCUGCUCUUGGACCGUGACCCUCAUGGCAACGUGCAGGUCGCCAAGAUUGAAACUGAGAAGCUCUUGGCUGCAACGGUGCAUGCAGAGCUGGACAACCGACGUGCCAAAGGGUACAAGGGCAACUUCUCUCCGCAGUUUCAUGCCUUUGGAUACGAAGGCCGCGCAGGGCUGCCAACCGUCUUCGACGCUUCGUACUGCUAUGCGCUGGGCUACACUGCCUCGUCUCUGCUGGUCACUGGCUGGACAGGACUCAUCGCGAGUGUGAAGAACCUCCUGGCACCCUGCAAGGAAUGGCAGUGUGGCGGGGUACCUGUCACCUCCCUGUGUGUGAUUGAGCGCCGCAAGGGCAAGGACAAGCCGGUCAUCCACAAGGCGCUUGUGGAGCUUGAAGGUGCUCUGUCGCAGCCCUUCGAAUUCUACAAAUCCAUCCGCGAGCAACUGCGCAUUUCGGACAUGUAUCGCAACCCAGGCCCAAUUCAGUUCGACAUGGUCGGGUGCGAGGCCUCCAAGGACAUUCCAAUGACUCUGCAGCUCGAGCUCGGCAGGACCCUGCCGGUCGAGUUCCCGACUGAGAAGCCCAAGAGGAUGGGUAACUUCCUUUUCCUUCCCCAUGCGAAGAAGCUGCGGUCGGAGCUGCAACAGUGGCGAUCAGCCCGGCAACAUCGUCUUCCGGAGUCGCUGAGUGCGUUUAACGGCAAUGCUGUCACAGUUCAUCGGGGAGAGGCAACAGUUGUCAACGACCACACAGAGGUGAUUUCGCGGUACUUCUCGGAAGUUCAUGCACCUCUGCUGGACAUUCUGCCCACCGAGGAGAGGACUGCCCCGAUCGAGAACAAAAGGAUCGGUGUCGUUUUCUGCGGCCGGCAGGCACCGGGCUGUCACGACUUCGUCUGUGGCCUCGUGGACAUGCUGCCUCCGAACUUCGGGAACAAAGUCCUCGGCUUCGUGGGCGGAACGCAUGGCUUCUACGAGAAGCAGACGGUGGAGAUCACCCCCGAGCUAUGCGACGCUUUCCGCGGCACAGGUGGCCUGGAAAUGCUUGGGCGCACCGUCGAUCGCAUUAACACCAAGGAAGAGUCCGAGAACGCCAUGAAAGCGUGUCAGGAGCUGAACCUGGACGGCUUGGUCUUAGUCGGCGGAGCCCGCACGAACACGGAUGCUGCUUACCUGUCCGAGUUCUUCAAGACCAACAAGGUGAAGACAGCCGUGGUCGGAGUUCCUUGUGGCAUCGAAGGCAGCAUGGUGAACGAAUUCGUUGAGGCGUCGUUGGGCUUCGACUCUUGUGCCAAAGCCAUGGCACAGCUGGUUGGCAACACAGCCAUCGAUGGCUCCAGUGCGCGAAAGUACUAUUAUUUCCUCAAGCUUAUGGACGGCUCCACGACGGGAGGCAAGGUGCCCUCAUCCCAUGUGGCACUGGAAGUCGCACUGGAAACGAAGCCGAACCUGCUUCUGCUUACAGAAGAGGUUGACGACCACCGGACAUCGCUCAGAGAACUAGUUAGCGACAUAGCCGAUGUGGUUUCUGAGCGCGCAAGUGCUGGCAAGAAUUUUGGAACCGUCCUUGUCGCAGAGGGCUUGCUGGCAGCCAUUCCUGAAUUCCGCACACUCAUCACCGAGCUGGAGGCCCUGCCAAUGCCGAGCACUGUGGAGAAGGUCUUGCCGAAAUUGACCACAUGGUCCGCUGCCCUCUUCCAGAGCCUUCCAGAGUUUAUUCAGAAGCAGCUGUUGUUGGCGAGGCAGAGCAAUGCCGCCCUCCAGCUCUCGCAACUUGAGACUGAGCGGCUCAUGGCCUGGCUCGUCGAGGACGAGUUGAAGAGUCGCAAGAAGCAGGGUACAUUCAAGGGCAGCUUCUCACCAGUGUGCCAGUUCCUCGGUUACCAGGCUCGCUGCUCUGUUCCUUCCGACUUCGACAGCGACUACGCAUAUGCGCUAGGUGGCUGUGCAGCCAUCUUGACUUCCAGGGGCCACACCGGCUAUAUGGCAGUGGUGUCUGACCUGGCACAGCCAGUUGAGCGCUGGCAUGUGGGCGGCGUUCCUUUCACGGCAAUGCUGCAGGUGCCACCCACCAUGCCGAAGGAGUCUUUCCGGCCCCGUCCGGGCAUCUUCCCACACAAGGUGGAGCUGGAGAGCGGGGCAUUCAGAAAGUGGAAGGAGGUCCGCGGCUCCUGCGCAAGGGAAGAACUCUACGAGAAUCCUGGUCCGAUUCAGCUGUCUGGGCCAAGCGCGAGCCGCGUCACUAAGACCAUAGCGACCCGCUUUUCUUACUUGCAAGAGCUGAAGGCGUUGCAGAGGCAUCUGGACACGCUGAGGGAGCGCUGCCGUCCGGGAUGCGACCUCCGGCAGGUGAAGGUGGCCACCCAAUCGCUGGCGACUUUGAACUCCAUCCUGGAUGAGCUUGCAGAGCCAUCUUCAGCAAGCCCAAUGCUUGAGCGGGCAAUGAGGUAA